AUGGGGGGCUGGCGGUGGCUGCUGCCCGAGCCGCUGAGCGCGGCGCAGCUGCGGCGCCUGGAGCAGCACCGCUAUAGCGCGUCGGGCCGCUCGCUGCUGGAGCCGCCGCUGCAGCUGUACUGGGCCUGGCUGGUGGAGCGCACGCCCGCCUGGCUGGCCCCCAACGCCAUCACCCUCGCCGGCUUCGCGGCCAACCUGCUCCCCAUCCUCCUGCUCUUCGCCUACUGCCCCAGCGCCACCGAGGAGGCUCCUUCUUGGGUGCUGUUUUUGUGUGCGUUAGGACUCUUUAUUUACCAGUCACUGGAUGCUAUUGAUGGGAAGCAAGCUAGAAGAACCAACAGCAGCUCUCCUUUGGGUGAACUCUUUGACCAUGGCUGUGACUCUGUUUCCACAGUUUUCGUUGGCAUUGCAUCCUGUUUAGCAGUGCGGCUAGGAACAAACCCCGACUGGCUGUUUUUCUGUUCCUUUAUUGGAAGUUUCCUGUUUUAUUGUGCUCACUGGCAAACCUAUGUAUCUGGCAUGCUAAAGUUUGGGAAAAUUGAUGUAACUGAAGUACAGAUAGCCAUCAUGAUGCUCUUUCUGGUGUCUGCUGUUGGUGGAACAGCAAUGUGGGACGCCCAGAUUCCUGUGCUGGACAUAAAACUGAAGAUGAUUCCUGUGGCUGGAAUAGUAUCUGGAGCAAUAAAUUCCAGUUACCACUAUUUCAGAGUAAUCUUUGGAGGAGGAGUUGGGAAGAAUGGAUCCACAAUAGCGGGAACAAGUGUUUUGUCACCAGGACUCCAUAUAGGAUUAAUUAUUACUUUGGCAAUAAUGAUCUAUAAGAAGUCCACAACACACAUUUUUGAAAAGCAUCCUUGCCUCUAUGCUUUAACGUUUGGAUUUGUGAGUGCCAAGAUCACACAAAAACUGGUGAUAGCACAUAUGACAAAAAGUGAAAUCUUCCUACAAGACACUGCUUUUAUUGGACCAGGCCUCCUAUUUCUAGACCAGUAUUUCAACAGUUUUAUUGAUGAAUAUGUUAUUCUGUGGAUAGCACUGUUCAUAUCUUUGCUUGAUCUGCUGAGAUAUUCCACUGGGCUAUGCAUACAGAUUGCUGCUCACCUUCGCAUACACGUCUUCAAAAUCCCAUCUCAUCAAGCUCCUGAACAGGUUCAAGUUGUUUCUCCACUGAGCCAUCAGAAUAACAUGGAUUGAAGAGACUUGCGAACAGUUGCCAUCUCUUGCUGUUGCUGUCAUAAGAAAAGAAAAACAUUACCGAUUAAAUGUAAUAUUUUGUAA